AACAUUCCAGUUAUUUUCUCGUUAUCGAUAUGGUCUAUCACAAGCUCAAUUCAUGAUAAUUGUUUUGAAGUUGUUAAAGGUCUUCUACUCUACGUUUCUCAUUUAGAUAACAUUCAAUUUGUGCAUCAUCAGUUUCCGUUCAAACUCGCGGUAGUAGUGUAUGUUAUCUUAACGGUUUGAUGUUUAAAAAUAAUGGAAAAACUGGUACGUUUCUUUGUGCAUUGCGUAUAAUCAAAAGAUGACGAAUAAUUCUCCAAGAAAAGAUUACCGCAUUUCAAAAACGCGUUUGCGUUAAAAAACAUGAUCAUUAAAUCUGAAUCAGAAACUAACGUGACUGAGACUAAGUCUUACACUUACAUCGGACAGAGACAUCCAGGACGAUGUCAGAUAGACUUGAAACAUCACACCCAAGAUUUCAACUGGGACUGCGGACUAUCCUGCGUCCUAAUGGUGAUGUCCGACGAGAACAGGGAAUAUUUUUUGGAAAAUAGGGAGAGGAUAUGCAAGGAAGAAGGUUUCAACACAAGUACAUGGACUAUAGAUUUGUGCUAUCUACUGAAAAGAUUCGGCGUACGACACAUAUUUUACACGAUAACCCUUGGGGUGCAUCCAGCUUACGAAAGGAUAGAUUUUUAUAACCAAAUAUUCAACAGGGACGAGGAAAGAGUGAAUAGACGCUUCGACGAUGCAGAAAAAAACGGAAUAUUGAUUUCUAAAGGGGCCAUCUCGUGGAGGUCCAUCUUGGAACAUUUAACGACAGGUCCAGUUAUCCUACUCACCAACGCUAAACUGCUAGGCUGUGAUAUUUGUAAAUACAACAAAAUGGGUUUCGAAAUGAAGAGGAUGUUUCGUUGGCCCGUACCCUAUCAGGGACAUUAUAUAGUAUUAUGCGGGUACAACACGAUGAUCAACAAAGUCUUUUACAGAAACCCCACAUUAACAGACAGGAUAUGCGUGAUGUCCAUCAAAGAUUUGGAUGACGCUAGAAGGAGUUACGGCACAGAUCAAGAUGCAAUUUUUAUUUAUCCCUCCUAGUCAUUUUUCAUGAGUCCGUCUGUUAUUUUGGGGACUGAUUUUGAUGGAACAGACGAUUAUUUCUCGAGUGUUUUAGAUUCAGUAACUGAGACACCAUCAAAUAAUGAUCUUUCUAUUUAUUGGAAAAUUAUACAUUUCUCUUAUAAA